CCAAAUUUCAACCAUGAACGCCUUGAUUGAGAUGUCUCACCGAAGUGAUGACCUCGACCGAAUUACGCAAGCCAGCCAGCUCAACUCGCCGCUGCUACGUCUUCCGGCCGAGCUGCGCAACAAGAUCUACGAGUACAUUUUCUACGACACAAGGGUCUCGUUUGCACGACAAGUGUUUUUCCUACCGCCCCGCCCAUACUACCCAAGUCACACUAUUCUUCUCGCCUGUCGACAAAUCUGGCACGAAUCACUACCCACGUUUCACAGGAACAUAGUGCUUCAAUUUCACUGUCUUCGCGAUCUUGAAGAUAUCUUGACCGAUAAGAAGUACUUAGCAACCUACACCGCUGUUCGAACGAUCAUAUUGGACGUAUCAAUCGCUGCCAAGUUAUAUCUAAGGACAAUUCCAGGUAAGGGGGAGUUCAUCGGUACUCUUCCUUCCUUAAAGCACGUACGCAUCACGAAGGGUAGGAACUCAUUGCCCGAUUUGCGGGCGGCGCUCUUUUCUACUAUACGGUUCCACUUCGGCAGACGGGAUAUAGAGGUUGUUUUUGAAGACUGACUGGUGGAAAUCACGACGUGGUGACGGAUUGAAGGGACGACAUAAGAGUAUACAUGAGAAACAUGACUACAAGACUGGAUUGCAAUAUCUAUACGCGGUUAUAGGGGCGCCAUAACUUUGUGUAAAAGAUGGACAGUUCCAUUAGUGACUUCUACCAAUCACCCUCACACUCUGCACACAAGAACUAUCACAGAAGUUGGC